AUGGCACCUCCUACAGAUCGCAAGCAAAUCCUCGAGAGCUUCCGCAAACAGAUAGAUGCUGGAAAGCCAAUCGUCGGAGCAGGCGCUGGCAUCGGCUUAUCAGCCAAAUCAAUCGAAGCAGGCGGCGGCGAUUUGAUCAUCAUCUACAACAGUGGCCGCUUCCGAAUGGCUGGUCGAGGAUCUCUAGCGGGUCUCAUGCCCUUCAGCAAUGCCAAUGAUGUCGUCGUCGAUAUGGCCAAGGAAGUGCUACCAAUCGUCGAGCAUACUCCAGUCAUAGCUGGUGUCUGCGGUACCGAUCCCUUCAAGGAUAUGCCUCGCUUCUUGAAGCAACUUCGUGAUCUUGGAUUCGCCGGUAUUCAGAACUUCCCUACUGUCGGUCUGAUUGAUGGCCAGUUCCGUGCGAACCUCGAAGAGACUGGCAUGGGCUACGACAAGGAAGUCGAAAUGGUACGACUGGCUUCGGAGAUGGACAUCCUGACGACGCCAUACGUCUUCAAUGUGGAGGAAGCGAAGGCCAUGGCAGGCGCUGGAGCGGAUGUGGUCGUUGCGCAUAUGGGUCUCACCACCAGCGGUACCAUCGGCGCACAAACAGGCAAAUCUCUGGAAAACUGCGUCAAGGACGUGCAAGCUAUUAGGGAUGCUGCGACAGAAGUGAAGAAGGAUAUCAUUGUGCUUUGCCAUGGAGGGCCGAUCGCAAAACCUGAAGACGCAAAAUUUGUGCUCGGAAGAGUCAAGGGCCUACACGGCUUCUUCGGCGCCAGCUCGAUGGAACGUCUACCGGUGGAAGAUGCCAUCAAGGGCGUCACGGCACAGUUCAAGGAUAUUGCAGUGCAGAAAGCAUAA